AAGUGUGAGCUGAAAACGAACGUCAUUUGCCUCGUACACUUAGCAUUAGCCUUAAAUUAGCUUGGUUUUAACACUGUAAAUGUAUUAUCCUAGAUAGAUGCGGACUGUUGUUUAAACCCUCAGUCACAUUCAGAGGUAGUAAAUCGCCCAGUUUGUCUCAACAGCGGGAAACAUGUAUAUUAAGGCUUUAAUCCGUUGCAGGGACAUGCUAAAGGGAGAACUCUUGGUCUGAAAUGCUUGCUAGCCUUCGAGAAGGGGCCGAAAACCGAAAGUGGCUAACAGCGCCGACGGUUAACUCACCGCCAGCAAAGCCAGCGGGCUUUCUCACAUCUGUCGUCGGCACAAGAAGGUGGACAGACUGAAACGGCGUCUUUCCUACAACGAAGCAGGGGGUCUGUCUGUCUAAGGCAGAGGCAUGGGAUCGUUUCUGGACAAACCCAAAACGGAGAAGCACAACUCUCACGGGGAGGGGAACGGACUGCGCUAUGGGUUGAGCUCCAUGCAGGGCUGGCGGGUGGAGAUGGAGGACGCUCACACUGCUGUACUAGAACUACAGACGCCCGGCAUGGCUGACUGGUCUUUUUUCGCCGUGUAUGACGGCCAUGCUGGAUCCAGGGUUGCCAACUACUGCUCUAAGCACCUUCUUGAACACAUAAUUACUGCAAGCUUAGGUGCAGGGGGAACACAAGGCUCUCAAGCCAGAUCAGACUGUUCCAACGUUAACUCUCAGGCUCUUCCCCCUCCUGAUGUAGAGGCUGUGAAAGCUGGGAUCCGCACCGGGUUCCUGAGGAUCGACGAGCACAUGCGAAGCUUAUUUGGCCUUCGCAAUGGGACAGAUCGCAGCGGCUCGACGGCUGUGGGAAUCCUUCUGUCACCAGAACAUUUCUUCUUCGUCAACUGCGGGGACUCUCGCGCCGUUCUCUACCGCAACUCACAGGUGUGCUUCUCCACACUCGACCACAAGCCUUGCAACCCACGGGAGAGGGAGCGCAUCCAGAACGCCGGAGGAUCCGUGAUGAUUCAGAGAGUUAAUGGGUCACUGGCAGUCUCAAGGGCCUUGGGGGACUACGAUUACAAGCGUGUGGAUGGCAAGGGCCCCACAGAGCAGCUGGUUAGCCCUGAACCGGAGGUGUAUGUGAUGAUCAGGGCUCCGGAACAAGAUCAGUUUAUCAUUCUGGCCUGUGAUGGCAUCUGGGAUGUCAUGUCCAAUGAGGAGUUGUGUGAAUUUGUGAAAUCUAGACUAGAGGUGUGGGAUGACCUGGAGAGAGUCUGUAACGAAGUGGUGGAUACUUGCCUGCACAAGGGAAGUCGAGACAAUAUGAGUAUUGUUUUAGUGUGUUUGCCCAAUGCUCCCAAAGUAUCUGAGGAGGCUGUGAGGAAAGAAGAAGAGGUAAACAAAUACCUGGAAGAUCGAGUGGAAGAAAUGCUGAGUGGAGAUGAGGGUGUUCCUGAUCUGGAGACGGUGAUGAGGAACCUGGCUUCAGACAGUGGGAUGCCCCCUCUACCCCCCGGGGGUGGACUUGCCAGCAAACGCAGUGUUAUCGAAGCAGUAUACGACCGCCUGAAUCUAUAUAAACUAGAGGAUGGACCCUCCUGUUUCAUUUGACUGGAGCAGAUGUGAAUUACUCCUGGUAGCUGUCCAGCCCGACCGCCGGAUCCAAAAAUAAAACCCCAACAGGACCACUAACCCCCAUGAGAUUGCAUCCCAACUCCUCUUGUAAUUCCACCUGAGAGAAUAUUACUUUAAAUCCACACCCAGCGUGGAGGACUGUAGACUGAUUAGGAUGCUGUUUCGAAUUUGAAAACUGCACUACAGGUAUAAACGUAGAAUAAAACAACCCUGCUUAUUUAAGGUUA